GAGUGAAACACACGCGCCUAUGCAUCGCGUCGCCUUCAGAUUCCCGACAUCCCCAAAUCUUUUUUACACCACACUUUAAACCUCCGCGCUACAGCAAACGAAGAGAAAGGGCAGAGCAAAAAAAGUAAAACAAAAGUAAAGAAAAACACACUUUAAUCUCACACACUCGAGUAGAGAGAGAGAGAGAGAGAAAAGAAGAGAGAGAGAGAGAGAGAGAGAGGAAAGUGAAGUAGAAAUGGGAGAAGGGAAAGGGUCGACGCUUGUUCAUCUUCUAGUCAUUGUUCUCAGCUUAACUGCAUUCGGAUUUUCAAUUGCUGCUGAACGACGCCGUAGCACUGGCACUCUACACAAAGACGAAGCAACUAAUCAAACAUAUUGUGUUUACCAAUCGGAUGUUGCCACUGGCUAUGGAGUGGGUGCUUUCCUUUUCCUUCUCUCGAGCGAAUCCUUACUUAUGGGCGUCACUAAAUGCAUGUGUUUAGGAAGGCCUUUGACUCCUGGAUCAAAUCGUGCUUGGACCAUUAUUUAUUUCGUCUCUUCAUGGAUGACGUACUUAGUGGCAUCUGCAUGCCUAAUUGCUGGAGCGAAAAAGAAUGCCUACCACACGAAAUAUCGGAACAUGGUCUUAGCAGAUAACUUCUCUUGCGAGUCGUUAAGGAAGGGUAUAUUCGUCGCCGGAGCGGUUUUUACGGUUGCCACAAUGAUUCUCAACGUCUAUUAUUACAUGUACUUCACUAAAGCUACUUCUCAGACAGCUCGCAAAACCAACCGUACUAGUUCGACAGUUGGCAUGACUGGUCAUGUAUAAAUAUUUUCUUCGGGAUGAUGAAAAUAUCCAGUCUUGUUAGUAUAAAAUUAGCUGAUUAAAUGUAUUCAUUUUUGGAAAAAAGAUGGUACUUUAUAAUUCUACUUAGUGAUAUGGUGCAGUACCUUAUUUUGAAUGUUAGUUUGCAGUAUUUUGGUCUACAGAGAUUGUGUGAGAAUUGAAUUACCGAAUUUAUGAUAUGAUAUUUUUUUUCUUCAUAAAAUUCAUUUGGCCUUUAGGUUUU